AUGUUGUGUCUGGAUGUGCUGGAAACCCUGCAAAAAGAGAAAUGACCUUAAUGGGGGACGACGCGGUAACUCCAUCCCUUCGGCCUCUCGACCACCAUGGCGGAAGCGGGGCAGAGGCAGCGGCAGCCUGCCCAACUGGUGGACAUCGACCCGGACUUCGAGCCCCUGGCCAGGCCCCGCUCGUGCACUUGGCCCUUGCCCCGGCCGGAGUUGGUCAACCCGGGCGACUCCGACACCUCGUCGCCGGUGCCGUCCGUUAAGCAGGAGCCCGCCUGCAACGAGUUCAUCAGCAACCUCAGCCUGCUGGAGGAGAACGAAGACCUUUGCGCCGACUUCCAGUGCCCGGAGACUUGCGUCCACCGGCAUCCUUGCACCCCACUGGCGCAGCAUCAGCAUCACCCCAAGCCUCCACUCCAGCAGCAUUCCCAUCCGCAGCCCCAGCAGCAGCAGCAGCAGGUGGCCCUGCUCUCCUCCCCGGUCACCGGCUCGCCGUCCUCGGCCGCCGCCGCCGCCCAGAGGAAGACCAGCUCGUCCCGGCGCAACGCCUGGGGGAAUAUGUCGUACGCGGACCUCAUCACCAAAGCCAUCGAGAGCUCCCCGGAGAACAGACUCACCCUGUCUCAGAUCUACGACUGGAUGGUGAAGAGUGUGCCUUAUUUCAAGGAUAAGGGGGACAGCAACAGCUCUGCAGGAUGGAAGAACUCCAUCAGGCACAACUUGUCUCUGCACAGCCGCUUUGUCCGCGUUCAGAACGAGGGCACGGGCAAGAGCUCGUGGUGGAUGCUGAACCCCGAGGGCGGCAAGAGCGGCAAGUCGCCCCGACGCCGGGCCGCCUCCAUGGACAACAACAGCAAAUUCAGCAAAAGCCGUGGACGGGCUGCCAAGAAAAAGCUGUCCAUUCAGGGUGGCCCAGACGGGGGCGCCGACAGCCCGGGCUCCUACAACAAGUGGCCCGGCAGCCCCAACUCCCACAGCAACGACGAUUUCGACACCUGGAACAGCUUCCGGCCUCGCACCAGCUCCAACGCCAGCACGGUCAGCGGGCGCCUCUCGCCCUUCAUGCCCGAGGACGACAUGAGCGAGGCGGAGGUACACAUGGGCUACCCGGGCGCCCCGGGGCCCAAGAUGACCGCCACGCUGCCCAGCCUCACCGAGAUGACGGGCUCAUUGGGACACAGCUCGGAGAACGUCAUGGAGAAUCUCCUGGACAAUCUGAACUUGCUGUCGCCUAACAACUCUCAGGUUGGGGGAGGGGCGGUGACCCCCGGCUCGUCCCAGUCCUCCCCUUCCCCGAUGAUGCAGCCGAGCCCUGGGUACCCUCCCUACAGCUCUCCUAGCAUGGUGUCGCAACCUCAGCAGGAGUACCGCAAGUGCGUGUACGGUCAAGCGGGGAUCAAUGCCAUGUCGCCCAUCCCCAUGCAGACCCUGCCAGAGAGCAAGCCCAACUUCGGGCCCGGCAUGGGUCCGUACAGCCACGGCUCGGUGCAGCUUCCCGGGCUCCUCAAGGAGCUCCUCACGUCAGACACAGACCAGCAUGGAGACCUCCUGCCAUCAGUGGACACGGUGGUAUCUCAGUCCAAUGGGGGUUGCAUGCUGCCACCGUAUAGCAGCAGCCAGCACGCGGCCAAACUCAUGGCGGCGGGGAACGCUCACCCUCACGGCUUGUCCCACGCUCACCCACAAGCUUCACCGGCCAUGAACGGGCGACUGCUCAUGUCCCUCAACCAUAGCGGGGGCACGUCGCACCUGCCUUCUGCCAAGAACCCGAUGCAGAUGCCCUACGGCUUGUCGAGCCACCUGGGCGGCGGGGGUAUGCCCGGCGGCUUUUGCCCCCUCAACACCAACGGAUACGGACGACUAGGCCUGGCGGCGUCCCCCCACCUGGAAAAGCUGCCCAGUGACCUGGACGACAUGUCCAUCGAGAAGUUUGAGUUUGACAUGGAGACGGUCCUGCACGAAACUCUGAUGGACGGCGACUCGCUGGACUUCAACUUUGAGCCGAUGGCUACCCAGCAAGGGUUCCCCCACGGGGUAAAGACCACCACCCACAGCUGGGUGUCUGGCUAGAACUGGAGGUGUGAGAAUGUAAAGAGAUGGACAAUCAACCAGAUUUUUCCUUUUUGGUAAGACGUUUCACUACCUUUAACAUUCCUGUUUGAAAAUACUUUAAUCGAUCACUUGAAAAAUAGAAGUGCCAGAUUUUGAUGUACUGGACUUAUCAAUCUUGACAAACUAUGUGCCAAAUUUGCCUUAACUUAGGAGCCAUCGGUCGGUGUCUGGUGAAUCAUCCACGGAGGUUGAAUAAAAGGCAACUGGGCUUGGUGGUUUUCGGAAAGGCUUUUCAGCUGUAGGUGUCUGACAGACAUAAUCAACUCCACUGCAGCAACUAGAUCAGUCAUCAGUUCCAGAAUGUCUUUGAUGAUGGUCCACCUCAAUACGAACGAGAGUCUUUUUUCUUUUGGUAGUUUGAGCUAAUUAAAAGGUAGUCAAAAGUAGCUCAAGUCCUUAUUUCCAAAUUACGAUUCUGGUCCACCUGACUGAAAAACAAGUCUUGAUGGAGCUUGUCUUGACUAGUUUGGUCUUCAAAAGACUUGACUUUUGAGUUUCAUGCAGACAAAUUCAACUCUCAUGGCAUCUGAAAAAGGUCAGUCCUUAGUUCCAAAACGUGUCUGGCAGUGGUCCACCUGACUGCUAAAAAGAGGCCUUGGCAAGACGGUCUGAAAGACUACGUCAGCUGGACGUGUCUGGUAGACAUAUUCGACUUUAGUGCAGCAACUACAUUAGUCACCAGUUCCAAAAUAUCUCUAGCAGUCGCCCACCUCUCUGCAAACAAAUCAAGGUUUUUUUUUUUUUUUUUUUUUUUUCAAAAAGUUCAGACUUAGGUCCUAAGUGUUUGGUAGACAAAUUCAACUUUUUAGUAGCACCUCGGUAACGUCAGUUCUUAGUUCCAACUUGUUUGGCGAUGGUCCACGUAACUUUUGGCUUGUUAGAGGCAGUCAGUACUAAAGGGUUUGAGGUCUCUCUCAAAGUCUAUCCAGACCUACAGUAUCGAAAUCCUGAAAAGAAGAUCCCUAAUUCUCGAGGCAUCUUCGUAGUCUUGAACCAGUUUUUGUCCCUUGUUGCCUUCCAUUGCAACCUUCCUACUGCCAACCAUGGAUGAGUGAGAACCAACACCCCCCUCGACCCCAUCCGCCAUUAUCAUCAGCAUUUUUCUGCAAUUAUUUUUUUUUCCAGUGCGGUCAAACUGGCAAAGACUUCUUGGAAUCUUUCUAUUUUUAUCUGAAUGUAUGUAACGCCGCCGCACACUUCAUGCAACUGGGUCUUGUGUGCUUGUGUGUGCGUUGUCUAAUGAUUACAUUAAGUUUACACAACAAACAAAAACACAACUUAGCUCCAAGAGAAAACUGGAUGCUUUUUUUUUUUUUGUAUUAUUAUUAUUUUUGUAGUUGUUGAGCCGUUCCGUGGCUCACGAACGUCUCAAAGGUUUCUGCCUGUACAUAGCUCAAGAUUGUAUAUUAACAUUGGAUCGUAUAUGUUUACUAGAUUGUAGUGUAUAUACAGCAUAUAUACAGUAUAUAUACAUAUGUGUGUUUGUGUGUGUGUGUUUUUUGAGAUAAAUUAUUGUUUGAUAAAGAUUUAUUCGAGUGCACGAGCUGCACUCUGAAUGUUUAUACCACAGGGGCCUAUUUAAGUAAUUCUUUCCUGUGGGCUUGAAGUUUUUUUUUGGGUUUUAUUUUUUUUUAAUCAUUCAAGUCCAGAAGAUUGGUCAGAUCUUCUCUUAAAGUAAAGACGUACGUAACGCCGGGUCUUGCCUUCUCGUUCCUUCAAGAAACUCGAGAGAACGUGAAAGUCGGUCGUCAUUGUGAGCAGUUCUCGAAGUGCUUUUUUUUUUUUCUUUUUUUUUUUGCAGCUGUGAAAUAAAUGAGAGGUCAAGGCGCCGUAUCCUCUGUGCUCUUGUUGUUUUCAUAAUUCAUGCAUCCAAAAACCUUUCGCUCUUAAACCCUCCUGUUGUAUCGCAAGUUGAACUGAUUUUCAAAAACGAGGAUACAACUUCUAGUCUGGCCUUGUUUCACAACACAACAGGCGAGUUCAAUGACGUCACUGAAGCCACGGUUCCGUCUCGCUCGACGGUUCCGUUCAGCUCGCCGGCGAGUCUCGCUCGGCUUUCGGCCGAACAGCUUUGAAUCCUCCCUAGCGUGUCUCAUGAACACUCUGCAAGUCUAACGUUGUGCCGCUAAACAUCGUCGGUAGUGCCUUAAGGUCAUUGGGUUCACAUUCAGUACAGUGAGGGAACAAAACGUAAACGAAAGAGGAAUGCAUUGAAUGAUAUUUUGUCCAUCCAUCCAUUUUCCUUGCUGCUUAUCCUCACAAGGGCCACGGGGAGUGCUGAAGCCUAUCCCAGCUGUCAACGGGCAGGAGGCGGGGGACACCCUGAACUGGUUGCCGGCCCAUCGCAGGGCACAUUGAGACAAACAGCCGCACUCUCAAUCACACCGAGGCGCAAUUUAGUGUCCAAUUAAUGUUGCAUGAUUUUAGGAUGGUGGCACGGUGGCUUGGUGGUAAAGCGUCGGCCUCACAGUUCUGGAAUCCCGGGUUCAAUUCCGGACCCGUUUGUGUGGAGUUUGCAUGUUCUCCCCUUGCCUGUGUGGGUUUCCUCCGGGUACUCCGGUUUCCUCCCACAUCCCACAAACGCAACAUUAAUUGGACACUCUAAAUUGCCCCUAAGUGUGAUUGCGAGUGUUUGGCUAUUUGUCUCCAUGUGCCCUGCGAUUGGCUGGCAACCAGUUCAGGGUGUACCCCGCUUCCUGCCCGGUGACAGCUGGAAUAAGCUCCAGAACUCCCUGCGAGCCUUGUGAGGAUAAGCGGCAAAGAAAAUGGUUGGAUAUGAUUUAUUAAAUAGUGAACUGCAAAUGUGCAGAGGAUUGCCGUAUUUGCCAAGUCAGCCGUUUCCUUUCCUUUCCUUCCCAAGUCUUGGCCGUAACGCCGAGCAUUUUGUCUCGUACCCAGCUGAACGGAACCCGACGGCUCGGCGGAGGGAGGUGGCCUUGCGGCGCUUCAUAGAAACGUAAACGCUGCCCCUGGACCAAGGAGGGAAAAACAAGCGCCGCUAAGUGUCGAGUGCGUCCAAGUUAAGCUUACAUUUACAUUUUGCCGAGUCACACGAUUACGGCGACCUCGACAAAGUGAACCACGUCCCAGAGUCCAAGGUGUGACGGCUUCAGGCUGAACUCUCCUUUUACGUUCAUUUUCUCAGGAACAGCAAUAACUGCAUAUUUAACUGUCCAAAAAUAAACUAAAAAAAUGAAUGCUCAUUGCAACUCCAUUUGUCGUUUCUAUCAAUAUUUAGCGCGAGCAAGACAUUUUAUACCGAAAAAAAACAAUUUCAUUCAAACUUAACAGGAGGGUUAAAGAUGAACUAUUGCACAUUUCAAAUGUCUUUUUUUUUUUUUGUUAAUAUUCUAUUUUUUGAUAAAGAGAAGCCCUUUACGAAGCUGCUGUUUGGCUUUUGGUGCCACACGUCGCCUUUCAAACGCGACUAAAUUUGCCUUCAAGUUCGUCUUCGGAAUGACGAUGACGAGGGGGGUUAUUAUACGCGUAUGGAUAUCAAGAUAUAUACUGUAUUGUGUAUAUUUGUGCCGGUCACUCAAGUUAGAAUGAACUGUAAUGAAUCAACAGGGUUCACACUAAAAGUAAAAAUAAUAAUAAUAAUCAUCAAAAAAAGAAGAAGAGUUGUAAAUGAUAUCUCAACCUUUUUAAGUGAUUCAAUCUAUGCAUCGUAUUCCUUAAUUUUGUCGUCAUUGUUAUAUUUCUCUCUCUUUUUUCAAACCUAUUAAGACAGAUGUUUUACUGUAAUAUACAGAGCGCUGUUUGGUUGUUGUUUUUGUUGUCUAUGUUCCACAUAGUUCUAUGGGGGGGGGGGUUUAUUUAGAGUAGACAGCGUGAUUUGUAUGCUAAGCUUUUGUAAACUGACAACGUUAUUUCUUGUAUUUAGCUCACGUUUCCACGGCAUACAAAGCUAAUUAUUUUACGAUAUUUACAUUUCUACAUCAGCAGACCAGUUUUGUCUUGUUGUUGCCAUUUUAUGCAUUGAAAACAAACAACAUUGCACUUAUAUAUAUAUAUAUAUAUAUAUAUAUAUAUAUAUAUAUAUAAGUGCGCAACAGCGUGAAAAGUUCCCACACAUUUGAAAACAAGACAUCUGUUACAUUUAACUUAUAUCCUACCACAUGUGCUGUGUCAUUUGCAAUCAAUACA